AUGUCUGAAUACAAGCUCUCCGCGUCAUUGGAGGGCCACGGCGAUGAUGUACGCGUCGUGGCCUUCCCAAAUUCAGAGACAGUGCUCACAGCCUCGCGCGAUGCCACAGUUCGCAUUUGGAGGCGAGUGUCUUCGCAGCCGCCCGCCUACGACUACACCAUCUCUUCACACGGCUCCGCGUUCGUCAACUCCUUAGCCUACUAUCCGCCCAUUCCGCAGUUCCCUGAGGGUCUGAUAUUUUCGGGAGGGCAAGAUACCAUAAUCGAAGCCAGACAGCCGGGGAAAGCCGCGGGGGAGAAUGCAGAUGCUAUGCUCCUCGGCCAUGGCCACAAUGUCUGCUCGCUCGAUGUCUCUCCCGAAGGCGGGUGGGUCGUAAGUGGAAGCUGGGAUGGUUCAGCAAGACUAUGGCGAUUGGGGAAAUGGGAGACAGAUGUUGUGUUCGAUGGUCACCAAGGUAGCGUUUGGGCUGUAUUGGCCUACAACAAGGAAACAGUCAUUACGGGCUGUGCGGACCGUAUCAUUCGUGUCUUCAACACGUCUGGAAGACUGCUGCGAACCAUCAAGGACUCCCGUGACGUCGUCAGAGCGUUGUGCAAGCUGCCUGAUAACCACCCCUCCGGAGCUCAAUUCGCCUCAGCAAGUAACGACGGCGUCAUCAGACUAUUUACAUUGAAUGGUGACCUUGUUGCAGAACUUCAUGGACAUGAGAGCUUCAUCUACUCCCUGGCUGCCCUUCCGUCGGGCGAGAUUGUCAGCUCCGGAGAGGAUCGAACUGUGAGAAUAUGGAAAGGCACCGAAUGUAUCCAGACCAUUACCCAUCCAGCGAUAUCUAUAUGGUGCGUGGCAGUGUGCAAUGAGACGGGAGACAUUGUCACCGGUGCAAGCGACCGUAUCGCGAGGGUCUUCAGCCGAGAUAAGAACCGCCAGGCAGAGCCCGCUGUGAUUCAGCGGUUCGAAACUGCCGUGAGGGAAUCGGCAAUACCACAGCAGCAGGUCGGAAAUAUCAACAAGGAGAAGCUCCCCGGUCCCGAAUUCCUCAAGCAGAAGGCUGGGACCAAGGAAGGUCAGGUCCAAAUGAUACGUGAGGCAGAUGGCAGUAUCACCGCCCACACCUGGUCAACAGCAGCACGACAGUGGGUAGCCGUGGGCACCGUUGUCGACUCUGCUGGGAGCUCCGGCAGGAAGACGGAGUAUCUGGGUCAGGAUUACGACUACGUUUUCGAUGUGGAUAUUGAAGACGGGAAACCUCCCUUGAAACUCCCUUACAACCUAAAUCAGAAUCCCUACGAAGCCGCCACGAAAUUCCUUCAAGACAAUGAGCUUCCUAUGGGGUAUCUCGACCAAGUUGCGAAGUUCAUCAUUCAGAACACGCAAGGUGCAACUAUCGGCCAAUCAAGCGAGUCACAGCAGCCUGCGGGUGCUGCAGAUCCAUGGGGUCAGGAACGACGAUAUCGCCCAGGAGAGGUCACGACGGCCCCUCAGCCUCCAUCGGCGGCUCCAUGGCGUCAAGAUGUGCUUCCGCAACGAUCCUAUCUCUCUAUUAGAUCUGCCAAUAUCAAAGUCAUUGCCAAGAAGGUGGAGGAGCUGAACCAACAAAUCGUGAGCUCAGGUGCCAAGGACGUUUCCCUGAACCCGCCAGAAUUGGAGACUGUCAUGGCCCUCUGUCGCCUACUAGAGUCCAAUGAAUCCCUCCCUAAGGACAACGCGAUUCUUGAGACUGGAAUACUACUAGUGUUCAAGAUAGCGGCUAAAUGGCCAACUGCCAAUCGACUACCUGGUCUCGAUCUUCUUCGGCUACUAGCAGCGGCGACUCCAUUAACUGCCCAGACGAAAUAUGAUGAUCAAGACUUGAUCUCCGCGAUCCAGCAGAGCGGGGUGUUCAACAGUCCUGUGAAUGUCAAUUAUGCGAUGCUUACAACCAGGAUGUUUGCCAAUCUCUUUGAAACCCCUGCCGGUCGUGAGCUCGCAGUCAGCAAAUUCGACCAGAUCCUGGAUAUGGUCAAGUCGGUCACCACGUAUGAGGAAAGUGCGCCGAAUCGUAACCUCACCAUUGCCGUGACCACCCUGUACAUCAAUUAUGCGGUGUAUUUCACGUCAGAGGGGCGAGCCAAGGCUCCCGAGUCGUCGGAACGUGGACUUAGCCUGCUUGACGAACUAGCCAAGAUUCUCUCGAAGGAGAAAGAUUCCGAGGCCGUCUACCGCGGUCUUGUGGCCUUGGGCACGCUCGUCAAGGAGCUUGGCGACGAAGUCAAGAGUGCCGCCAAAGACGUUUACGACUUUAACAAUGUGCUAAGCAAACUGUUGGACGCCGGUCUUGAAAGGGAGCCCAGAAUCAAAGGCGUCGUCGGGGAGAUCAGAGGCUUGUUAUGA